AUGUCGAACCUGAGCUACCAUCAGCCUAAGGUGGAGCUCAAGCCCACGAGGCUACUGGCGCGCACGAUCUACGCCCACCACAGCUACGUUUCAAGCGUCGCGUUCUUUGGAUCCCAGUGCGACCGUCUCCUCACAGGCAGCUACGAUGAAACGGCGAAGCUUUGGGACCUCAAGACCGGCCUCGCCCUCCAGAAGUUCCAGGGCCACACCGACGGCAUAACCUUCGUCAUGCCGGGCCCCGACGGCCGAGUCCUGACGGCCAGCGAGGACCGUACCCUGCGCGUCUGGGACGUGGACACGGGCGAGUGCCUCCGCGUCAUCCGCUCCCACAGCGGCGCAGUCACCUCGCUCUGCCUGGCCGGGCCCGACCGCAUCGUCACCGGCUCCUCCGACAGGAAGCUCCGGGUGUUCGACGUCGCCGGCCAUCUCCACGGCGAGACCGAGCUCGACAGCGAGAUCACGGCGGUCGCGUCGCCGCCGCUGCCGCCGCCGCCGCGGCUUCGACCCCACCGCGGCGGCGGCGGCGGCGGCG